AUGGAUAGCGAUGAGUAUAAAAAAGAAGUUGAAGCAAAUGUAAAGGCAGAAAAACUUUUACAGUUGCAAAACCAAACCGUACAGUAUGAAAACUUAGCACAAGAAAGUAAAAAUAACGACGCAGCCAUGCAAAAGGCAAUGAAAAGCGCAGAAUAUAUAAAAGCUAACAAUGACUGGUUAGAUGCCCAAGCCAACGCUAAAGCAGCCCAACUUAUAGGGUCAAUAAGGACAAAAAUACAAGCGGAUGAAGAUAGUUCAAAUGAAGCUUUAACAAAUGCUGACUUUAAGAACGCUUUCGAAGCUCUUCAUAGUAAGGUGAAACAAGUGAACGACUUCUCAUCUGGAAAGAAACUGAAGUCUGAAGGUUUCGACAAAGAGUUAAGAGAAGUAGCACAAAAUAUGACGAAAAUAACAGAUGCAGCAGCAACGAGACAGGCAGUUCAAAGUGCCUAUGACGCCGUUAGAGCAACUGUUGUGGAAAGUCAAGAAAAAGAGUUACAACAGACCAAAACAGACCUAGUAAAUGCUUUCUUAAAAACGAAAAGUCAGGUAGGACAUUAUGCUGCAGAUGGAACAUAUGUGCCAGCUGGUGGAACUUAUAUACCAGCUGGUGGAACUUAUAUACUAGCUAGUGGAACUUAUAUACCACCAAACCCUCCAAGAGAAGCACCUGCACCAGGACUACCUAAAACAUUUACAUCGUCACAUGGACACAGACACAGGCAUGCACCAAAACCAACACAACAACCAACACAACAACCAACACAACAACCAGCACAACAACCACCUCCACAACCAGCACAACAACCAACACAACAACCAGCACAGCAACCAACAGUUCAAAACCCUGCACAACAACAACCACAAACAGAGCAAGGACAUAAAAGAAGUAGAGAACAAGGAAACCAAGAAUUCUUAAAAAUGCUUAAAGAAGAGUGUGGUUUCCCAGAUACUGUUGACUUUAGUGACAGAUAUAAAGAAGCUAUUGGAAAGUUCAAGGAUGGAAAUACUGACCCGAACCUAUUUAGCUUUAUGGCUCAGCACCAAAACGGAUAUAAUCUCAAACCUGGAAAAUACAAGCUCGCUAAGGGAUAUGAUUUAAUAGCAUAUCAUCCAAAUGACAUGGAUGAAUUUACUCCGAGAUAUUUGAUGUCAGAGCUAAAUGACAAUUCAACUUUCGUCAUGAAACGCGUAAAAAAUAGAGACGGAACGAAAGAACAAAAGCUUAUGAAUGCGGAUGACGUAGAUAGGGAAUUGUUAAAAACGGUCUCGGAAUAUAUGAAAUGCCAGCAGAUGAGGUACAAGAAACUCCACAGGAAGAUAGUUCAGAUACAACCAGACAUGGAAGAAAUAGUUCAGCAACAACAGCUAGAAGAGCCUGAAGGAAACGAACAAGUCACUCCUUUGGAAACUAACUUCACAGAACUAGAUGAAGAUUUGGAACAGCCGAAAAAUCUUGACCCUCAACAAGA